AUGGUUUUUAUGAGGUGGAUGGACACACGCAAGGUCCCUGUCUGCUCUAUAAUCCACCAGGAAUUCUCUGGAAGCACUGUGCAGAGGAGAAUCAAAACUCUGAAUGGCGACUGGCCCACCAAAUCCAUUCCAUACCCAACACAUGUCAUGGAAUAUAACACGCACAUGGGAGGUGUCGAUCUGUCAGACCAACUGAUACAGUACUUGCGCUGGUACCAGACAUUGUUCCUCCACUUCCUGGACAUUGCAACCACAAACAGCUUCCUCCUUCACAAGGAGCUCUGCAGAGAGAAGCAGGAGGAACCCAUGACCCACAGGGCUUUCCUGGAGGAGCUGACAGCCCAGUUGUGUGGUCUCACAGUUGUGGUCCCUCCUGCCAAGGCAAAGAGUGGCCACUUACCUGUGGCAAUCUCCAACCAACUCGAUACAAGCAGGAAGGCCUCUUAUGGACUGUGGAUGCUGACAAGGUGGGCCACCAACAGAGUGGAAGGAGAAGGAGGAGAAGAGGAAGGCCCUCUCCCCCAGACCAACCACAGAUAUCCCCUCCAUGACCAGGAGGAAUACCCCAUUCUGGUGCAAGGUCACACAUGGCUGGAACGUGUUGCCCUGGCCAGCUUAUGCACCCGUGAAACCCCUGAUCUCAUGGUCCAGCCCGUCUUCCGUCUCCAUGGCAUACCUCUGGACAUCGUUUCCGACCGUGGACCUCAGUUCAUCUCACAGGAGCGUGAGAUAGCGCUUCCCUCAGUCCUGACACACCUCCGUUGCUACCAUGGAAAAAUGCCAGUUCUGCCUUUCUCUAUUCCGCUGAACAUGACCGGCAAGUAUGCACCAGGUCAAAAAGUUUGCCGUUCAUCAAGAAAUAUCCCACUUAAGACCAACUCAAGGAAUAUUGGUCCCCUGUUUGUUUGUUUUUCUGUGUGUCUGCCUGGGCAUGGUGCUCCAUUCCUGCCUUUGCUGCCAUCACCUGCACACCCAGUUCUCCCUCUACCACCUACUUCCUGCACACCUGAGACUCAUCCACCAAUCAAGACUCUGUAGUAUACCCGGUUCUUCACACCAGUCAUUGCCAGAUAGUUCCAUUUGCAUCACGGCCAAGUACCUUAGUCUUGUUGUUGCCUCUUGCAUUUGAGUCCAGAAAUCCCUGUGAUCCCAACACUAACACACAGUUAAACCUGGUGGGCAGACAGUACAAGGAGAGGGGAUAACUGAUUAAUCUUUUUUGAGAAACUUGCUUUUUAAGUGUCUUCAGUGGUAGGAAAAUAUGUGCAAGUCCUGUAAAAAAUGUUAUUAUUUAUUCUUAUUUCAUUUUUUUUCAGGCAAGCCCGUUCAGUUUUAACCUUUUUAUCCAUUGUUCUCUUACAUUACCAUGUGCAAAGUACCAGUAUCCAUUGCUAGGCCUGGCUGACACACAAAGGAUCAGGGAAAGGGGGAAAAGUCUACAUUUUACAGCUACAUGAGACUUCACAUCAGUGAAGCACAGAAUUUGGAAGUGGCUUUGACUGACCUAAGGAUACAUAACAGCAUCUUAUGGGGAUUUCUUUCAUUGGACAUGUCUGCCCUUUCAUUGGAAAUCUGUUAUUGGGCAGCUGAUUACUGCAGCUGAUCUAACACAUCAGGCUGCAUUGAAACUGCAGUAUAACAACACUGCAUUUAAGUCAAACUACCAGCCUGGAUAGACUGACAAAUGUUGUCAUUUGUUCUCUUCGUCGUCUAAUUAAAAUUAUUGGAUUGUUGGUGCUAAAUGCAGGUCUAAAUUAAGGAACCGUAAAACCCCUUUUCAAACUCUUCCAAUGUUUCUUCAGUAAAAGGCCUCUUUUCAUUCCCUUAUCUCUUGUUUUGACUUUAACAUGCAUCUUGGCUCACAGUCAGGUGCAGGAGAAUCUGUGAUAAAUUACUUUUAGCCUUAGACAGAAGUAAAAUUUUUCUUUUGACUGUUUAUCAUAGUAGAAGCUUGCCUGUAUAACAAACUGCAGGCUAUAUUUAGAAUGUUAUCUGUUCUCAUUUCUCAGUCACUCUGGUCCUUCAGCAAUAAACAAACUUGAUUUAUCUGUCAUUUUUUAUCGUCAGAUGUGAACCAGUUAAUCAGUGUGUAGGGCUAUAACAGCUGUGAUGUAGGCUAUGAUCGCCACUUUUUAAAAAAAUGAUGUGUUUAAUGUGCUCAAAUUGGAAGUGUGGAAGUUUGUUGAUGAAAGGGUGGCAUCUGAAAACAUCAUAGACAAUGUGAGCAUGUGAAAUAUACUUACAAAUUGAAUUAUGGUUUAAUUGAUAUUUAAAUUGUCUAAAAAGAGGUGUGUUCAUGUAUGAAUCUCUGGGAAACUGCUCAUCAGACAAUAUAUUUUAAGGAACAGUAUGCACAGACUAAUACUUUACAUUCUGUUGCCUAACCAGUUGGGCAGGAUAUCACAUUAUCAGUGCAGGAACAGACUCAGAGGCAAUAAGCUGCUUCAGAGCAAGUUAAGGCCCAUUGGCAGGGGAUCCAGCUGUGCAGCCGUCAUCAGUAACUGACUUUGCUUCAGAUGGCGCCUGAGAGGGAUUUAGCUACUAAGAGAAGAGGCUCACUGGCUGAUGAAAGGGCAUAAAAGGCAUAAUACUCUAUGCUGAAUCAGACUAUUUACUGAUUUUUAGGUGAUGAGUAACAUCUUAAAAUCAAUUCUGAAUUAUGUAAGAAGCAAAUGCAAGGAGGCUAAAACAGAAGUUAUGUACUCUCUUAUCUUAGCACAUGCCUGUUUUUUAGACCCGGUUUGAUGAACU